AUGUCAUUUAGAGAUAGUACAAGACCUGAUACUAGGGCUUUAACCGAUGGUUCAUUAUUUCAUGGUUAUUUUCACAAUUAUGGGAAUAUUUGGUUAGCCAUUACAUUUUGGUGCACAGUUGCAUUAACAAUAUCAUAUAUUAUAUCAGGAUUUGUAGCAUCAUUUAUAUUAAAAAAAUCAAAGAUAUCUCCAUUCAUUCCAAUUUUUACUGGAAUGUAUGGUAUGGCUGUUGGUAUUUGCUAUGGUGGUUUAUCCGCACUUAUAUUAAGUGCUAUUUAUGUUUCUGGAAGCUUCCUUUUAUCGUGGUAUCAAGGCAUUAUUUGUGGAUUUAGUUUAGCAUUAAUACAUUUAAUAUUUGCGUUUACACAAAAAACAUUACAAAUUUAG